CGAAAUUAAGAGUGGUUACACACUGUAACUUCUUACCAAAACAAGUAGAAGAAGCUCCCUCAGUAGAAACGUUGAAGUGAAAACUUGAUUUCCAUGAAGUUGGAGGAUGAAGCUGAAUUCUCUCGAUGCGCCUAAUCCAAACCCAAGGCCAUGCUUUCUAUUUUUAGUGCAAUUAGAGUUGCCUUCUUCGAAUUUCUCUGUAAAGAACCUUUGAUUUUAACCACAAGCGGGUGUAUAAUAUGCCCUUCUUUAGUAUUGGGACCACUAAAAUCAUGGGAAGAUCAAUUUUCUUUGCCGUGCCGAAGAAGCGCAGAACCGUAGAGCAAAGACGUAUCCGGAAGUUUCUUUCUCUGCGCUCCGGGGAUUAUAAUCCCAGAGAAGACCUGACGCCAUGUAAAUUUUGUGGUCACCUAAAUCCUCGGGACUUCUUGUGCACAAAUUGUUACAGCAAAGUACGACAGGAGACUAACUUUUUACGUUCCCUUAUCAACAGUCGACUCCCAAGUGAUCGGGAAGUACAGUUUGUCUACGACAACGAAAAAGGGAUUGAUGAAGCAGAUGGUACUGCAGAUGUUAAAGUUUCUGGAUCUAGACCUUCAUGGUUUCCAUCCGUUUUACGAAAAAGCAAAUCUUCAGAUGGCGAAAAUUCAUAAAUCUAUUGUAUAUUAAUAAACUAUUACUAACAUCUCUUUAGGUUCCAUUAUUUAUAAAUUUUUGAGCAUACUCUA